GAGAGAGAACCAGUCUCACAAUUUCGCGAAUUUUCUCCUAUUUCUCAGAAACAGAAGGAACGAAAGGAAGAGAGAUCUGAUCGGAGAUGGCAUUGACUGCGGCGGUUCCGUUCUGGAGAGCGGCGGGUAUGACUUACAUUACCUACUCAAACAUCUGCGCGAAUCUGGUGAGGAAUUGUCUCAAGGAGCCACACAGAGCUGAAUCCUUAGCACGCGAGAAGGUUCACUUCUCUCUCUCCAAAUGGGCUGAUGGAAAGGCUCAGAAACCUGUUUUGCGCUCAGACGCACCUGAAGUUUGAGACUUUACAUUUGAUGAACAAGUUUGAGAUAAUGAUGUGCCUAUAAGGAAUGCAAGAAACUGUGUUACCAAAGCUUUUUUUUUUAUCUUCUUCUUUUUAUUGUUAGCAAUGGAGCUUGAGUGAGAGAGAGAGAGAGAGAGACUCAUUCCAAUCAUAAAUAAUCAAAACACCGUGGGCUUGUGUGUUUCGUUACUUGUUUUGCAUCUAUUAUUUUCUCUUUUCAAUUUUUGUAUGCAAAAAAAUAAUCAAAAAGCAUUUGAAGACUU